UCCAGAAAUCAGUUUUGAUUCAAACGCGGAGCAGCGAGCAUCAUGAAGCCGCUGUACUUCGUUCUGGCCCUUUGUGUGGCCCAAUCCUGUGCCCUGUAUCGGGGUAGGAGAAGCAAUGACUACGACGAUGACUAUGACAGUGAGGAGGAAGGUCAAUGGAAGAAGGAGCAUUUGAAGCCGGAGCCCUGGAAAGUGCGCCACUCACCACCAGUGCAUGUCCCACAGGAUUUGUCAUCUCAGCAGGCACCCCAGUACGCACAGGAUUCCCGGGAAGUCGUUGUCCAAGCUCCAGAAGUUGGAGAGGUUGUUGGUGUUCGUGGUUUCAAGAGCAAUGCCAAUGGUCUGGUUAACGCUUUCCUUGGCAUCCGUUAUGGCAAAGUUGGCAGUGGUUUGGCGCGCUUCCAAGCUGCCCAGCCUACUGGGUACCAGGGCAGAGUUAAUGCCAAUGUGAAGAGCCCCAACUGCGCUCAGUUCCCGGAGCUCCAACGCCUGAGGGAGUCAGAGGCCAGGGGCGAAAACGUUGACGACUGUCUGACCCUGGACAUUUAUGCACCCGAGCACGCCAGCAACCUGCCCGUUCUGGUAUUCGUGCACGGCGAGAUGCUCUUCGAUGGCGGUUCCGAGGAGGCCCAGCCGGACUAUGUCCUGGAGAAGGAUGUGGUGCUGGUCUCCAUCAACUAUCGACUGGCACCCUUCGGUUUCCUGAGCGCCCUCAGCGACGAGCUGCCCGGAAACGUAGCUCUCGCCGAUAUUCACCUGGCUCUCGAGUGGCUGCAAAAAAAUCUGGAGAGCUUUGGUGGCAACCCUGGUCAGGUAACCCUGUUGGGUCAGGCUGGUGGAGCGACCUUGAUCCACGCCCUCAGUCUGAGUGGCCGCGCCAGUGGCCUCUUCCAGCAGCUGAUUUUGCAAUCGGGCACGGCUUUAAAUCCCUACCUGAUUGACGAGCGCCCACUGGAAACUUUGGACACCUUUGCCAGCUUCGCCCGCUGUCCGACCGUCGCCGACACCCGCAGCCUUGCACCACUAUACGACUGCCUGGGCAGUCUGCCCACCUCGCAGCUGGUUGACGCUUUUGAGCAGCUCUUCAACCGGAAUGAGCCCCUUGGUCUUAGCUCCCUUGGCGCCUUUAAGCUGGUGGUGGGUGACCCUCUAGGAUACCUGCCUAAGCCACCCGUCGCCUUGGCCGCCAACGCCAGCAACGCAGUACCCACGAUCAUAGGCGCCACCAAGGACGCUAGCGCCUUCAUCCUGUCGCGUUUCUACAAGCAGAUUGAAAACGUACGAUCGUACAAUGUAUCCGAUUAUAUCGACGUGGUGUUACGCCACUUGGCCCCUCCCAGCGAACACCAGAUCUGGAAGCAGUGGGCACUGCGCGAGAUCUUCAGCCCCGACCAGGUGCGGAGCGUUGACCCGAGCAGCGUGUCGCAAGGCCUGCUGGAGCUGAGCAACAUGAUCCUGUACCGGGCACCAGUAAUCUUCUCUAUACGGAACUCGUACAGCAAAUCUCCCGUCUACCUUUACAACUUUGCUUACCGUGGAGAGCACCAUAGAUUCGAGCAUGUCGAGAGUCCUCUACCCUUUGCAGUGGAUGCCUCGCUCAGCGACGACAAUGUCUAUGUGUUCCCAUACCCGGUGGAGACCAGUCAGCUGAAUGCCGUGGACAGAUCUCUAUCGCGCGCUUUGGUGACUAUGUGGGUCAACUUUGCCACCACAGGCGUGCCCAACUCGAACUCUGGAGUUUGGCCCCGUGCCUCCUCCGAAUACGGACCCGUCUUGCGAAUCUCCAACUCCGGAGGAAACUUGCUCGAGCUGGACCCACAUUUCGGGGAGGGAAUUUAUGUUCCCAACCUAUAUGCCAAUUACUUCAAUACCACCACGAAGAGCACUCCAGUUGUGAUUCCUGUUAGCACCAUUACCACCACUACAACUACGACAACCAGGCGUCCGUAUGUGCACAAUCCAUAUAGCAACUGGCAGAACAGGCAACCCCAGCAAACGUGGCCCGCCAAGGACUCAGCUGAAGAAGCCCGAAGGAAGCAGGAGUUCCGCGAAUAUCAGCAGCGAGAAGCGGAGGAGCGCCGGCGAGAAUACCAGCUGCGCCUUCAGCAGCAACAGGAGCAGUUGCAGCGAGAGAGACUGGAACGCGAGAAGAAGCUGCAGGAACAGCAGCAGCGGGAACAGGAGCUGCAGGAACAACAAGAGCAGCUGGCGCGAGAACAGGAACGCCGCGAACAGCAAUGGCGUGAACAGCAACAGCGGGAGCAACAACAGCGCGAACAACAACGCCGAGAGCAGCAGGAGGGGUGGCGUGCCGUGCUUAAUCGAGAUCCAGUGACAUAUGAUGCCUAUGGUAGAGAGAUCACUCCCGACUUUGCUGAGCAAGAACGCCAAAAACAAGAACGGGAGCAACAGGAGCGAGAAGAUCAGCGACGGGAGCAGGAGCGACGCGAAUAUGAAGAACGAUUGGAACAGGAUCGGCAGCAGCGAGAACGCGAGCAACAAGAACGCGAGCAACCAGACCAGUAUCAGCCCGAUAAAAAUACUGAAGACAAUCUUCAUGCGUAUCCCACCUAUGAAGACUACGUGAAGUCCCAGCAAGGAGAACAGUCUCCAGAAUCUGAUCCUGAACGCAACUAUGCCGAAGAGCAACAGCGCGAACAGGAGCGAUUAGAGCAAGAAAGGCAGCAACGAGAGCAGGAGCAGCGAGAGGAUGAAGAACGGUUGGAGCAAGAGCGUCAGCAGCGAGAACGGGAGCAACAGGAACGCGAGCAACAAGAGGGGCAGCCUGAAGAAAAUCCGGAAGACGGUCGUCAGCCGUAUCCCACCUACGAAGACUACGCGAGGGGCCAGCAAGGAGAGCAAUCUCCAGAAUCGGAUCAGGAACAGCAGCGCGAACAGGAGCGACUAGAGCAGGAGAGGCAGCUCCGUGAGCAGGAGCGCCGGGAAUACGAAGAACGAUUGCAACGAGAGCGCGAGCAGCAAGAACGGGAACAGGAACAGUCCCAGGGGCAGUCCGACAACGACCCAUCUCGUUAUCCUAGCUACGAAGACUAUGUGCGCUCCCAGCAGGAAGGUAGACCAUCGGAAUCCGACUCGGAUCGUAACUACGACGAAGAGCAAGAGCGCGAACAACAGCGCAGGGAUCAGCUGCGCCAGGAGCAAGAACAGGAGUAUGGCCAGUCGGCCGGCUAUCCAGGUUACGAGGGUCCCCAAGAAGAGUCGGUUGGCCAGGACCAAGAGAAUCAACCCGAAGUGGACCCACAAAACGAUCCCAGCAACUACGCCACCUAUGAGGAUUACGUGCAGGCUCAGUUAAAGCUCCGUCAGGAGGAGGAGGAGCGCGAUCGGGCUCUCAGGGAGGAGGAGGAACGACAAUUUGCCCAGGCGGAGGCGGCGGAAGAAGCUGCUCGCCAAUCCCACCAGCCAAUCCCUUACACCGUUGAAUUCAGAAGAUUUUUGAACGCCCCAAGGCACACUAAGCUUAUCCACCGCCAGCAAGAUCGCCGCCAGUAAAUUGUCGCGACUUUCUUAUAAGUUCAUGCAUUGCAAAAUAAAAUUUAAUAAACACUACGAUUAAAAAUGAAAAAAAAAACAAAUCUUUAUCAUUUGAGAUGUUAACCACAGCCAUUAUUUUUGAGAUUGAGGAAACAAACAUUGCCCGGAAAUAUUUUAAUUUUAUGAUUUACUGUUGUGAAGCCCUACAAUAAAAACAAAAUAAAACCAUA